AUGGCGUCGAACGAAGAGCUUCUCGUCAUGGCAAUGCUUUUGUUGGAAGAGGAUGAAGAUGUUGAAGACGUGAAAGAAAACAAACGCAUUUGGAGCCGGCACUGGCUUUUAGAGAGGAACAAGAAAGGCCAUUUUAGUCAGCUUUAUCAUGAAUUAGCUGCUCACGACACACCAGGAUUUGAAAAUUUCAUGCGAAUGGAUUUUCAACAUUUCAAUAAGCUUGUCAAUGUUUUAUCUAAAACGCUACACAAGAAAGACACAGUAAUGCGUGAGUCAAUCAAGCCAGCAGAAAUGUGUUGUUUGACUCUCCGAUAUUUGGCGACGGGCGAAUCAUUCCACUCUCUGGAGUACCAGUUCAGGAUAAGCAGACAUUCAAUUUCAAAAAUUGUGAUGAGCGUCUGCAAAGCCCUAUAUGAGGUCAUGGGACCUCAAUACCUUACCACCCCAAAGUCCAGGGAAGAUUGGCUUCAGUUAUCCAGCAAAUUUGAAGCCAGGUGGAACUUUCCGAACGCUUUGGGGGCUGUAGAUGGGAAGAGAAUUCUGUUGGAACAGCCAAGAAAAUCUGGUUCCCACUAUCAUGACUACAAAGGUAAUGAUAGUAUUAUAUUGAUGGCAGUAAUUGGCCCAGAAUAUGAGUUUGUAUUCGCUGAUGUUGGUAUGAAUGGCAGAAUGUCUGAUGGUGGAAACUGGGCACGCAAUGAAUUCCGGGUAGCUCUUGCUGAUGUUGACAAUCCUCUGUCAAUACCAAGCCCCAAACCACUCCCUGGCCGGACAAAACCUAUCCCAUAUGUUUGUGUUGGUGAUGAUGCAUUUGGUUUGACAUCAUACAUGAUGAAACCUUAUGCCAACACAGGCUUAACAGAGCAGAAGAGAGUGUUUAAUUAUCGCCUUUCAAGAUGUCGGAGAAUUUCUGAAAAUGCAUUUGGCAUUUUAGCCAACCGAUGGCGGGUUUUUCGGGGCUAUAUGCUGUUGCCACCUGACAAAGCAACUAUAGUGACACUAGGUGCCAUUGUAUUGCACAAUUUCCUUAGAAGUAGCUCAGAUGCUGGGAAAGUCUACAUCCCACCUGGCUUUGCUGACCAGCAAGAUCCUGUGACAGGUGGAGUGAUCCCAGGGCUGUGGCGCAACUCUGGCGAGUCCUCAUCUUGGGAAAGAGUUCGCCCUCUUCGUUCCUACAACCCAACAUUUGAAGCAAAAGAAAUCCGCCAGGAAUUUACAAACUAUUUCAUGAUGGAAGGGGCAGUAGCCUGGCAAUGGAAGAGUGCACAUGUAGAUCAAUGA